GAACAAACCUGUGUCAAUGGUUAACUCAAGUUCUUGGUUUCUGGAGUUUUUCUUUCCUUUAUUAUUAACUAAAGAACAUUUUUACCAUUGCUCAGCUGGGAGCACCAAGCUCAUAGAGCCUCUGCAGGGAGAGUGAAUAAAGGUUUCUAGGUCCAAGAGCUCAGCUUCAGUGGGAGAAAAAUGGCUUUGUCUACACUCUGAAAUGCAUUGCAUUGAAGGAUUCCUAUGUGGAGACAGUUGCAUCCUGGUUUCUCAGCUGGCCAGCCUCAGAGGACUUGGAGGAGAGAUCUCAUCAUCAUCCUUUAAGCCAUAUGUGCCCUGAACUUUGUGGUUAUUAAAAUUGUGAACAGCGGACACAACUUCUCAUUCGGCAUGGAAUUUGGUUAUGAUCUGCUGUAGCAGCUUGUGAAACAGAAGCACGGGAGUACAGACUGAGCAGAACUAGGAGACUCUCACAGUGUGUGCCGUUCCCUUUAAGGAACGUGAUUGGAAGCAUUUAACAGGGAAACAAUUCUAUCUCCACAUCUACUUUUUUUAAUUUGAAGUCAUAUGGACCUUGGAUUAUAACAGGUCCCAUUCUCAUGCCUACAACAAUCAGGUUUUAACUGAAAACUUAAAUCAACAAAUAGCCACAGAACUGUUACUAGUACAAAAUCACCUGGAUGCCUGAAGGACAGAAGAAAGAAUGAGCUAUUACGGCAGCAGCUCUCCGAUUGUAAACGUGAACCCCAAAUACCCGGGCUAUCCUCCAGAGCACAUCCUAGCUGAGAAGAGAAGAGCCAGAAGACGUCUGCUCCACAAAGAUGGUAGCUGCAAUGUGUACUUCAAGCACAUUUUUGGAGAAUGGGGGAGUUAUGUGGUUGACAUUUUCACUACUCUUGUAGAUACCAAGUGGCGCCAUAUGUUUGUGAUAUUUUCUUUAUCUUAUAUUCUCUCUUGGUUGAUAUUUGGCUCUAUCUUUUGGCUAAUUGCCUUUCAUCAUGGCGAUCUGUUAAAUGAUCCAGACAUCACGCCUUGUGUUGACAACGUCCAUUCCUUUACAGGGGCGUUUUUAUUCUCCCUUGAGACCCAGACAACCAUAGGUUAUGGUUACCGCUGUGUCACUGAAGAAUGCUCCGUGGCAGUGCUCAUGGUGAUCCUUCAGUCCAUCCUGAGCUGCAUCAUAAACACCUUCAUCAUUGGAGCUGCCUUGGCCAAAAUGGCAACCGCUCGAAAGAGAGCUCAAACCAUUCGGUUUAGCUAUUUUGCCCUCAUAGGCAUGAGAGAUGGGAAGCUUUGCCUCAUGUGGCGCAUUGGUGAUUUCCGGCCAAACCAUGUGGUAGAAGGCACAGUGAGAGCCCAACUUCUCCGCUACGCUGAAGACAGUGAAGGGCGGAUGACGAUGGCAUUUAAAGACCUAAAGUUGGUCAACGACCAGAUCAUCCUUGUCACACCAGUAACUAUUGUUCAUGAAAUUGACCACGAGAGCCCUCUGUAUGCCCUUGACCGAAAAGCAGUGGCCAAAGAUAACUUUGAGAUUUUGGUGACAUUUAUCUAUACUGGUGAUUCCACGGGCACUUCUCACCAAUCCAGAAGUUCCUAUGUUCCCCGAGAAAUUCUCUGGGGCCAUAGGUUUAAUGAUGUCCUGGAAGUUAAGAGAAAGUACUACAAAGUGAACUGCUUACAGUUUGAGGGGAGUGUUGAGGUAUACGCUCCCUUUUGCAGUGCCAAACAACUGGACUGGAAAGACCAGCAGCUCCACAACACGGACAAAGCCCCUCCAGUCCGAGGAUCUGGCACGUCAGACACCACGGUCAGAAGAAGGUCGUUUAGUGCGGUUGCCAUUGUCAGCAGCUGUGAAAACCCAGAGGAGACCACCACCUCCACCACGGACGAGUGUAAGGAAGCCCCUUAUCAGAAAGCUGUCUUGACUUUAAAUAGAAUCUCUGUAGAAUCCCAAAUGUAGUUCAAAUUGUGAUGACCAGGGUUACCCCGCAAUCAUUUUACUCUGUAGCCAGUCACCUUAAGGCAAGUAGUUAUAAGCAGGGCUUUUAAGGAAUGGUAUAGCUGCAUUCGAUGGUGAUAGGGGAGAAGAAGAGCAGGUUAAAUCUGGUAAAAGAUCAUCUAAAAAUUACAUAGUAUCCAAUUGUGUAAACUUUUAUUUAUUUAUUUUUUUUUGUGCUAGCAAAUUUGGUAUUAGGGAUGCUAUUAAGAGCCUAACUGAUUAAUUUAAAUUUCAUCUCCUUGCCUUAUAUCACACACUUGCAUCUUCAAUUGGAGGUGUCAUAUUCAGUGAUGGAGAACAAAGGUAGGAUACUGACAUAAAUAAAAAUAGGAAGACAGGCAGCCAGCAUGAGUAACAAAUUUUUUAAUGUAUCUACAUUGAUAGUAGUUUCCUAGGAAAACAUUAUGUCAUCUAACCAAGAUAUGCAAGAUAUGCAUGCAGUAGAUUAUAACAUUGAGAUAUUUAACUGAAAUCACCUGGGAGGUUUGAUGUCUGCCCCUCAUAGUCUCUUGGUAUCAGCAGAAAGAGGUAGAGACUGUAAGAAAUAGACACCCUGACACUUGCGCAGGUAAGGAUCAACGAACGCUAGGAGCUGUAUUUUGUUUUUUCUAACGCAUAAGGCAGAAGAAAAGUUGAUGUUAUUCAGAACAGUAUUUCUCUCUCAAAUGCCCUGGGUGACUGCAGCAAAUGGCUUUAUAUGGAAGAGCAGAAAUAAGGCAACAAUGACAUUUCUAGUAUCUCCAGCAAGGGGGCUUCCUCUGCCCACCCCCCAUCUUCUCCAAAGACAACAUGAAGAAAUUGGAUCACAGAGAUGGGAUGAAGGAAUAGAUGGCAGUGGGAAACAUUCUCAGACCGUUGGAGUGAAAACCCGUGCUCUGUCCUGAAAGACUGCAGCAGCUUUUGCCGGCUUAUGUAAGGGAUGGAACCGGUUUUUGUUUUGUUUUGUUUUGUUUUGUUUUGAGGAGGGGGAGGCGUGGGGGGACAGCAAGGGGAAAGACAUUUAUUUGUGUCCACAAGCAGUUAUGUAUGUUUCCUGUCUUGGUCACUUUACAAGACAUAAAUGACUUGAAUUCUAGAUUUUCAGCAACUCUCCCUUUGAACUUGGAAUGAUCAUUUAAAUGGAUUUUGUGAAAUAUAAGGUGAAUUUUAUUCACAUUAUUAAACAGAUAAGUGUUAUGGAAUUGCUUAAAUUUUAGGAAAUAAAUUUGUAUGCUCUAUUUCUGCGUUAAAAGAUAAAAGAUCAUGAUUACUUUAAGCCCAAUUCCCUAUGAGUAAAGGUACUUUCAGCUUUAUAAAUUGAACAAUUAUUAGCUUCAUUCAGAAUUAUGUGUUUCUUUACUCAUUACGUAUAUGCCACAGUUUUUCCUUUGUUUAUUUUAUUUAAAUGCAUGUACACACAAAUCGUUUUUGCUGUUUCUGGAAAAGCUCCCCACCCCCAUUUAAAUUAAAGCUUACAAGUAAAUUGAACUGAAUCAUACAGGCUGCGAUUACCAAUCAAAGUAAAAUAUGUAGGUAUGUAAAGUGUUUUUCUUUUUUUUUUUUCCCUUCCUUCCUUUCCUUGUUUCUUUUGACCAUGAGCAGUGAGGUUACUUUUUUAAAUGCACGUGUGCAAAUCUUUUAUUCCUGUUGUUUUAUGGAUAAGAGAUUUGUUCAGGUCCCAGGUUGUAAAACUGUCUUGAAGCUUAAUAUCGGGGAUCUGAAGAAUGCAAUUAUUUUUCUGUCUGGCUUCAGAAAUGCAAAACCCUUUUUUAAAAUUACACAUGCAUUGUAGAUUUGUAGUGGCAAUUACUCAGCUAAAUUAGAGUACCACAAUCUACCAAGUAGAAAUCAACCAGCACUACAACAAAUCCAGAUGCUCUCCCCCCGACUUUCUAAGUUUGUUUCACACACAUCUAGUUUCAUUUCACUUAGCUUUGCUUCCUGGACUCUGUCAAUCCAUGAUUCUGGUUUUGUUAGUUAAUAUCAGAAUAGAAGUGUCAACGUCCAAUAAUUACAUUUCCCUGUGCUAUGUGUUCCCACCAGCAAAUCCUCUUACCCUGAGUAGAAUGUAAAAGCCGUGUUCCCAUGUCACAUUUAUUUCUAAUUUUCUGUUUAGAUUUAUAACAUACUUUGACACCCCCGAUGAGUUAAUAAUAAAGAUCUUAAAGUAAUGCA